GAUAAUAGUGCAUAAAACGAAUUGAAGUGAAAUCCUCUACAUUUCACUACAAGGGAAAAGUACUAUUUCUGGUCGUGGCAAGGCACGAGAUCUCAAAAUGCAGAUUUUCGUGAAGACAUUAACGGGUAAGACCAUCACUCUUGAGGUCGAAGCCUCGGAUACUAUUGAAAACGUUAAAGCAAAAAUUCAAGAUAAAGAAGGUAUUCCUCCUGAUCAGCAGCGAUUGAUUUUUGCUGGUAAGCAACUUGAGGAUGGACGUACAUUAUCUGAUUAUAACAUUCAGAAGGAAUCUACAUUGCAUUUAGUUCUUCGUUUGCGUGGUGGAGUCAUUGAACCUUCCCUCCGAAUCUUGGCCCAAAAAUACAAUUGUGACAAGGUUAUUUGCCGAAAGUGUUAUGCCCGUCUUCAUCCAAAGGCAACUAACUGCAGAAAGCGCAAAUGUGGCCACUGUAACAACCUUAGACCCAAGAAGAAGCUGAAGUAGACUGUUUGUUGUCUUGUGUCAAUAACUAAAAAUACAUGUAAUUGGCUUAUAAUAGAAAAUUAAAGAUGUAAUUCAAAAUCUGUAA